AUGGCAUCAAAAAAGCGCAACUUUACUACCUUUUUGGACCAGUUGAGUGACAGCGACAGUGACAUGGAGGUGCUCGCAGAACUGAGCGAUAGUGAGUUGUGGGGAGAUUUGUCGUCUGACACUGACACUGAUCUGGCAAGUGACAACGGCAAUGAUCCUGCACCUGACCUCAGCCAUGUGCGCACUUGGUGCCCUAUUGACUGCGAUACGGACCAGGUAGCGCCCCCAAGAUUCCUGUUCACUAGAUCACCUGGGAUGAAGGUAGAUGUUGAGCGUGACAACCCUCUGGCAUACCUGCAAUUAUUUCUCACUGAGGAGGUAAUUGAAAAAAUUGUCACAGAGACAAAUUUCAACCAAGAGCAGCAAUCCACUAUGCUGCAUGCCACCUUUUCCAGAAACAGAAAGUGGGACCCGGUGACCAAAGAGGACAUGUGGCAGUUUCUGGGACUCAUCAUUCUUCAGGGGGUGAUGGGGAAACCGCUCCAAAAAUGGUACUGGACCACCAAUAAGUUACUGGCCACUCCAUUUUUUGGCACCGUGAUGUCAGAAUACCGGUUUUCCCUCAUCAUGAAGUAUUUCCACUUCACGAACAAUGAAGAAUUUGAUGAGGCCACGCAUCCUGCGCCCAAACUAAAAAAAAUCUGGGAGGUAUGGCAAAUUAUUGUGACCAAUUUCCAGCGGACCUAUGUGCCAGAAAGGGAUGUCAGCGUAGAUGAAAUUUUUAUGGCCUACAAGGGACGCCUAAGCUGGAUACAGUACAUUGCAUCCAAAAGAGUGCGGUUUAGCAUCAAAUCCUACAUGCUCUGCGAGUCAUCCACUGGGUACAUCUGGAAUUCGGUCAUUUACACCGGUAAAGGCACAAAGUUCAACCCCAGGUACAGUGGCUUUGGGAUGGCCACAUCAUCUGUCCUUACACUGCUGGAGCCAUUGCUGAACCAGGGAUAUUGUGUGACCACAGAAAAUUUCUACACGUCUCCGGAACUGUAUGAGGUUUUGCUACAAAACAAGACUGAAGCAUAUGGUACCGUUAGGCCUAACCGACGAGACAUGCCAUCUAUGUUUGCCAAGAAAAAACUGAAAACCGGAGAAAUGGUUGCCUGGCAGAAGGGUAAGAUGAUGGCAAUGCGAUGGUGA